AGUUGUGAAUCGAGAGGGAUUUUGAUGUGAAAUUUAGAGUGGUCACAUUUUCAACCUAAAAUACGUUUACUUUUAUUCUUCGCCUUUACAUUAUAAUCACAUUCACAUGGAAGUAAAAUACAAUGCAGAGACAAAGACAGUGUCAAACAGUGUGGUUGUAUAGAACAUUUAGAGGCGUUUUACUUGCUAUGGACUAGCCAGCUAACUAUGAACGUGUUCCAUUGUCUGCUACUUGUUACCUAACCAAUUGCUACCUAGCUAGGCUAUAUAGCUUCAAAACACAAAUAACUUGUCACUGCACUUUUUCGACACAAGUCAAGUGACGUACGCAACAUGCCGGAGAUAAAACUCAAGCACAUCGUGUCUUGCAGCACCGAAGACAAUACUCACAAGGCUGAUAACCUGCUGAGUUCUGACACCUACAGGAAAUGGAAAGCAGCGAGACCUGGGGAGAAACAAACCUCAGUUAUUAUUCAGUUUGAGAAAGAAGAGCAGGUGCACAGCAUAGACAUGGGAAAUGAAGGUUCUGCUUUCAUUGAGGUCCUGGUGGGACACUCAACCUCCAUGAAAGACCAGGACUUUGAGGUUCUGCUGGUCACGUCCUCCUUCAUGUCCCCAACAGAGAGUCGCAACGGGACCAACACCAACAGAGUGCGCUUCUUUGGCCCUAACCAGCUGGUGAAGGCUCAUGCCCAGGAGAAAUGGGACCGUGUCAAGAUUAUAUGCAGCCAGCCAUACAGCAAGACAAUAGCGUAUGGACUGGCCUUUGUGAAGUUCCAUUCACCACCCGACAAAAGUGAUCCACAACCCACAACUCCUCCAAAACUGACUAAGCUGGGCCAGUUCCGGGUGAAGGAUGACUCCCCCUCAGUCGGCCCUAGUUUACAGCCGGGCGCCCUCUUCUUCAACAGAGAGAGCACCUCCAAACCCAGCCCAGCCCUCAAAGUCUCGCCACAGACUGAGAAGCUGAGCUAUGCAGCGGCAGCACUGCAGUCAGUGUCUGGGUCUGGGUCCUCUUUAGCCCCGACAUCCUCCACCUCUCCCUCACCACAGGCCCCGGUUAAGAGGAAGUUUGAGUUCACUAAGGAGCGCCAGUCUGCCCUUGCUCCGCCCCCCUCAAAGAAACCCAGUCCCAUGGGCUCCCCUGAACGAGGCUCUACCACCCCCAAACCAAAGACCAAACCCAGUCCCCCCAGCCUCAACACUCCCAAAGCCUCCCCUGCUCAGAAAACCUCUGAAAAAAAGAAGAGGGAUGUCCAGUCCAAACCAGAAGCCAAAAGCAGAUCUUCCAAAGCCAGGUCCAGCUCCUCAGAGGCCCCAGUCCCCCUCAACAAGGUCAUGGAGGGAGUGGUGUUUGUGCUGAGUGGCUUCCAGAACCCUUUCCGGGCAGACCUGAGGGACAAGGCCCUGGCCAUGGGGGCCAAGUACCGUCCCGACUGGACCCCUGAUGCCACGCAUCUCAUCUGUGCCUUCUCCAACACCCCCAAGUACAGCCAGGUGAAGUCAGCAGGAGGCAUCAUCGUCAGGAAAGAGUGGGUGCUGGACUGCCACAAGAGGAAGCAGAACAUCUCGUUUAAACAGUACCUGAUGGAUGGAGCAGAGUCCAGUUCAGAGGAGAGCGAUGCAGGAGAGGAUGAAGAGAGUGAGGAGGAACAGGAGAAGACUCCACAAAAAAGAAGAGAAGAUGAACGGCUACCAACCCCCAAGAAGACCCUGGUUAAGACCCCCAUUAAGGAUGAGGAUGAGUAUGGAGGCUCCACAGACGCAGAUGAACCAGAUGAUGAGUCUGGCAUGGACACAGAGGACGAGUUGAAAAGGGUAGAAAGCACAAGUCGGCAGAAGAAAGGAGAGAAGGAGAGGAAGGAAAUGAAGGAGGAGGACCCUUAUGGGGCGUCGACGGAUGAGAACACAGACGCAGAGGCCGAGGAGGACAAGCCCAUCCCAGAGCUACCAGAUUUCCUGACUGGAAAGCGAUUCUUUCUCUACGGCAAAUUCCCCAACAAUGACCGCCGACUGCUCCUGCGAUACAUCAUAGCUUUUAAUGGGGAGGUGGAGGACUACAUGAGUGAGAAGGUCCAGUUUGUUGUCACUGGCGAGGGAUGGCAUGACUCCUUCGAAGAUGCGCUGAUGGAGAAUGGUAAUUUGAGCUUUGUCAAGCCCACAUGGAUAUUUGCCAUCAAUGAUCGACAGAAGAUGCUUCCAUAUCAGCCGUACACUGUUGUCCCUUGAGACUUUGCAAGUUUGCUCUUUCACACAAACAGCAGGAUUGUCAAAAUGGUAUGAAUGGCGUGUGUUGAAGCCAUAAACACUUUCUUUGCUUAGCCAUUGGGCUUUUGUGUCAAACUCUUUAUAUUUUACCGUUAGCCACCCAGAGAGCUAAAUGAAAUGUUUUCCCAGCCAGAGAUGGCGCAUGUUAGACUGUUAUUACCGGUGUACAUAAAGACAUCUCUGUCCUACACUGACGUGGUCGUUUCCACCUCCAAUACCUCAGGGCUCAUGUAAGUUCCAGUCACCACUCAUGUCCCGAUAAGUGACUGUCUUUGAUAGUGGGGUGGGUGUUAGAACUUUGACUGAGGUGCGUCAGAAGUGGCACUCUAAUCCUUAAAGUGCUGUAGUACACUACUUUUGACUGGAUCCCUUGCCAAAUGUAGUGCACCAGUACAUAGGAUGCCAUUCGCUGACAUUAGAGUUAGCUAGUUAUUUAAGGGCGCUGACACUCAGGACCACAGUAGAUUCAUAGAAUAUAUGGCUUUCAUCCCUGUUGCUAGGUAGGAAUGUGAAAUGAGCUUCAGGGAUUGGUUGGUCUUUUUCAAACUUAUUUUUUACAAGCAACUUUAGAUAAAUAAAUGGCUUUAUAGUUUAAUUUGUAGAUUAGUACUGUAGUAUUACAUGUGUGUUUUGUUUUAUUCAUGUUGUAUGCUGUUUGAAUCUUAUAAAGAUACGAUUUUCUUUCAUUUUCAAUGUGACUUUGUUUUAGUUUUUGCUUGGUUAUUUAGGGAAUAUGUUAGGACCUCGAUGUGAGUUAUUACAGUCUUGGCUUUCAGAUUCUUAUUUUUUGUUUGU